UUCAGGGGUUAUUAUAGAUGCAGCAGCUUAAAAGGCUGCCCUGCGAGAAAACAGGUGGAGAGAAGAAGCAGCGCCGAUCCAAACAUGGUAAUCGUCACCUACUCCUGCGACCACACCCAUCCGCCGCCUUCCUCUCGCAACAUCCACCACCGCGAUGCGCCAAUUUCAAUUUCUGAAGAAGACGAGGACGUAUUGGGGGAAAACGAAAAAUCGAUGGAUCUAGGUCAUAAUCAGUUUCACGAGUUCAAUUUAGAGAAUCGAUUUGGAGAGAAUUUGAUUUAUGGCGGUGAAUUUGGUUGGUUGACUGAUUUCGAGUCGAGAUCUGAUAGGAUUCUCGAGGCUCCGGAUUUGAUGGAGGAGAGAGGGAAUACGGAGAGAGAAAUGGCGAUGAUUUUUGGCUUGAGAGGGGAGGAGGAAGAAGAGGAUCUGUUUGCGGGUCUCGGGGAGCUGCCGGAGUGCUCAACGGUGUUCCGCCAUGGGAUGGCGCAGAGGGAGGCGGAGAUUGGCGACCACCGGUUGAGGGUGGGGCAUGUGCGGGGCCGUUGAUAGUGGAUUUGUCAACUUCAUUCAUUAAGGAAUCAUUUUUAUUUAUCUGUAAUUUUAUUUUAUAAAAUGAUUUUAGGUAUUAAUGAAUUAAAUUAGGUCAAUGCGCAGGCUCAUGCAUCAUGCGACUAUAUAAAAAUAUAGAGUUAUUAACUUAUUAGUGCAAUAAUCACAGAAUUAUCCGACAUAUGAAAUUAUUUUUAUAAAAUUGGCAUCCUCGCAAAGUUUGUAGUUAUUUUUUUAAACUUUGAAAUUCAUGGAAAAAAACAUUCAUAUUUUAGAUAAGAGG